CCCUCUUCUCCCUCCUCCGCCACCAUCAAAACCCGCGUCCUCAUCAUAUCUGAUACGCACAGCAAUGUCCCACAAACCAAAGAGGACAAUCCCGUCAACACCGAGGAUGAACUCGCCACUCCCAGAGGCAAGCUCUACGCUCCCUCGGGCUUCAGAUUCCCGCUCCCAGACGCAGACGUCGUGCUUCACUGCGGCGACCUGACAAAGCGCGGUCGGCCUAGCGAGAUCCGCAAAACAUUCUCCAUGUUGAGAAAGCUAAGCUCGCCUCUGAAGUUAGUGAUUGCGGGAAACCACGACUUGGUACUUGACGAGAGGUACUACUGCGAGCAGAUCGGUGACCGGAGCGAUUAUGAGGAGGUGGUGCAGAUCAUCAAGGAAGCUGAGGAGGACGGGGUCAAAUAUCUCACCGAGGGCACGUAUACCUUGGAUCUUGCCAACGGCUCACACCUGCGCAUCUUUGCAAGCCCAUAUACGCCUCAGUAUGGCUAUUGGGCGUUUCAAUACCCUCCCGGAGAGCACAGCUUCGACAUUCCGGCCGACGUCGACAUUGCCAUGACCCACGGCCCUCCCCUAGGUGUCCUCGAUUACACAUUCAGCAAGAACAACGCAGGCUGCGGAAACCUCUUCCGGUCAAUACACCGCGCAAAGCCCAAGAUCCACUGCUUUGGCCAUAUCCACGAAGCAUGGGGCGCUCACCUGAUGCGGUGGAAGGCCGAUACCGACGUGCCUGCUACCGCUCUUGACUGGGAUAACUCCCGCCUCAUUUACACACUCACGCCACCCCCUAUAGCCAUCCCCACAAACGAUGCGGUGGCUGAUAGGGAGGAUCAGAACCUCAUAGAGCUGAGCAAGGACCGCGGCUGCUACGUCGACCUGACAGAAGGAGAGAAUAUACUCAAGCAGGGCGAGGAGACACUGUUUGUCAACGCCGCGAUUAUGAGUGUUAGGUACCGCCCAUCACAGAUGCCCUGGGUGAUAGACGUCGACUUG